AUGGAGUUAAAAGAUGUUGGUUCUGAGAGGGAUGGAGGAGACAGCCAGGACCAUACAGAGAUAACAGUGAAUAAAUAUAGUCAGGACCAGAAGAAUGAAGGGCUGCAAAAAGGACAAAGUGGCUUCUGUAUUUUAUGCAAUAUUAACCCCCUGUUUAAAUCCCGUGAUCUACAGUCUGAGGAACCAGGAGCUCAAAACAUUACUAAGAAGAGCUUUACACAGAAUGUAGAUCCAUGGAUGGAUGAGGAACGUGUGGGGGACAAGUUUAAUUAUAUUAAUGUAUAUCAUGGGACUGCAUUUCCUCUGUUCCUGGUGUUUCUUCUCAUCUAUCUUUUCACACUGACUGUCAACCUUCUUAUCUUUCUCCUGAUCUUCACUGAUUCCCAUCUUCACACCCCCAUGUACUUCUUUCUUGGAACCCUGGCAUGUCUGGAUAUGAGUUACUCCUCAGUCACUGUCCCAAGAAUGCUCUUUGAUUUACUCACACAAAAAAGGGUAAUUGCUGUGAGAGACUGUAUAACCCAGUUCUACUUUUUCCUCUUCUUUGCUGUAUCAGAGAUAUCUGUGCUGGCCGUGAUGUCCUAUGACAGAUACAUUGCUAUCUGCCGCCCCCUUCACUACAUGCAGAUAAUGAACCAGAAAGCUUGUGUCCAACUUGUAUCAAUCAUGUUGGUGCUCAGUGCACUUUAUCCCUUGCUGCACACUCUUGUUUUAACAAAACUGAGUUUUUGCAAGUCCGAUGCUUUGCAAAGUUUCUUUUGUGACAUUCCUCAGUUGCUUCAGGUCUCCUGUAGUGACACAUUCAUCAAUGUAUUGCUUAUAUUUCUCUUUGGGAUAUUGCUUGGUGCUGUCUUUUUAGGGGUCACCUUUUACCCAUACAUCAGCAUAAUAAUGACGGUUCUGAAAAUCCCAUCAAAAAACAUGAGAUCCAAAGCUUUCUCCACCUGCUCCUCCCAUCUAACUGUCGUCUUUAUAUUUUACACUACUAUUUUCUUCAAUUAUUUUAGCCCAAAUGCAAAGUAUCAUGUUAUAGAGGACAAAGUGUCAUCUGUAUUUUAUGCUACAUUAACCCCCUGUUUAAAUCCCGUGAUCUACAGUCUGAGGAACCAGGAGCUCAAAACAUCACUAAGAAGAGCUUUACACAGAUUGUAA